AUGUCUCACAUGGACCCUAACUGUACCCACGGAACUGGUGGUCCGCGCUGCGACCGCUGCGCCGAAGGCCACCACGGAGCCCCGGAGGCUCCCGGUGGCUGCCAAGCUUGCCCCUGCCCCUCUAGGGCGAGAAACUUCGCUACUGCCUGCGCCAUGCAGGGGGGAAGGCUCCAGUGCUUGUGUAAACCUGGCUACGCCGGCACUGACUGCGAGUUAUGCGCCGCCUCAUACUACCGCUUACCCGACGGCGCGUGCGCGCCCUGCGCGUGCGACGUUGCCGGCUCGCUGUCUCCCCAGUGUGACGGGCGCGGAAGAUGCCGGUGUCGCGAUUACGCGACCGGCGAUAAGUGUGAUAGGUGCAGAGGACCGAAGCUGUGGAUGGAUGGUGGCGGAUGCAGGCCUUGCGACGACUGCACAACCACCCUCCUCGACUCGAUUGACCACCUCGCCUCCUCGCUCCGCAGCGCCGAUCUUAACGAGCUCAGCCGCAUACCUCAACCGUACCCCGCCGUCCGCGAGUACUCACACAACACCUCACUACUCCGCAACUCUUUAUACCAGUUCGUUAACACCCUCAACCAUUCUAGAAACUUAAAGGACGAUAUUAGUAACUUGGAAGCUUCGGAGCAUAGGAUUUUCACCGAUUUACACACUUUAAAAAAAGAUGCGGAAACAAAAGAAGAUUCAGCGAAAUUUUUAAGCUUAGAAAGCAUGAGUGGUUUAGAAGAAGUGUUAAAGCAAAGACAGAGAUUGGGUGAGCAGGUGGCUGUGUUGGACGAUUUCGCGAGAGGCGAGAGGCAUUUGGGGGCGCAUAGAGCGAUUAAGGAGGCGAGGCAUUUGCUGAGGAAUAUUAAGGAUGUGAGGCUGAAUGAUUAUAUUUCGGGGGCUAAUGAUGUUUACGAUGCGGCUAAUGUGCAAUCUACCGCGAUUCAAGAACUUAACUACAGCAUAGAUGAUGCCUAUGCGCGUCUCCGUGGCCUACAAAAUACUUUCGAGAGUUGGCAUGAGAAAGCUGAAGACCUACCACGAUUGGCUGAAGGCGUUUGGAUGGCGGGAGACAAGGUGGCGGCCAUGCAGAAAGAGGUUAGGCCGAGAAUGGCGGCCGCUAGGGACACUGGACUGCGAUGCAGACUUGUUCUAGAGGACGUGCUGUCUCUCUCCAACCACACAUUCGUCGAAGACGCCGGCUCUGCUCUGCUCCGCGCACGCUCUCUCCUUCUCUCUCUGCCCGCCUUAGCUGCAGAGUUGGACUCGCUCACACCCGCGGCGGAGGAAAAGGAAGGCAUUCUGUACAAUUUGACGCCGGCGUAUAAACAGAAGUAUUUGGACGCGGUGGAGAGGCAUGUGAUGGAGCUUGGGGCGAAAGCGAGAGAGUAUAAGAGGUAGGAACCAUUUU